AUGCCUUCUUCCGCCCACGAAGCCUUCCUCUAUGAGUUCUACUAUCAGCUUCGGUCCAAGCUGAGCCGCCUUUGCGCGGGGGACCAGGAGCUCGAACAGUUUGUGGCGCGGAUCAUAGCUCAUGGGAGUGCCGAUGUGGUCGGUAGGACAACCUGCGACAAACAUCAACCUGAUAACUACAUCACAUACCGGGCUGCACCAACCUAUGGUCUCUUUCUCGAGUUCGCCUGGUCACAAAAUCGCAAUAAGCAACCGGAACUGGCCGAGUUCUAUCUACUGGAAGCUAAGCGACUUACUCAGAUGGUGAUUGGCAUCGAUUGUGACUCCGCUCGAACAAAGAGAGUGACUCUACGCACUUGGAGACGCGGCAAUGAAGAUCAUAGUGAUACCAACAGCGGUCUCAUUGAAUACUCUCAGGUUAGUACGUCCAACCCGGUCUCGGACGAUUGCUUAUUCCGACGGCCUCCACAGGAACUUCGAUCGAAAAAUGGUGUGCGUGUCUCCGGUCGUCCCUUGAGAAUAUCAGUGCUCGACAUAGUGCCUCUGGAGCAUGUCCCGCUCUCACUGCACAACGCGACCAUCGACUUCUCGGUUGACGAGCUUUGCGGGAUUUUGGAGAUGGCAGAAGAGCAACAGACAUUGGUGAAAGCUGCCGAGGGCGAGGGUGUACAUCAAUGA